AUGAGAAAUAUACAAAUAAGAUAUAUAACAAUUUGGAGAAUAAAUAAACCUAAAGAUAAAUAUGAUAGAAUAAUAAAUGAAAAAUUAUAUCCAAGAAAUGAAAAUAAUAUAACAAAAUUAUGGAAUGGAAUAAAAAAGAAUAUAUUAAUAGAUUCUAAAAAUCCAGAUGAAGAAACGGAAAAAUAUUUCCAAUUCUCUGUACAAAAAUUAAUGGAAUCUCCAGGAAGAUUCACUUUCCGUAAAUUCUACAAUUAUUUACAAGAAUUAUGUAUGGAAUUGAAAUUAAUUGGUAAAAAUACACUUCCUGAAGAACAAAUUACUGGAACAUUUUUACAAUUAAAAAAUCAAUAUAAUAUGAUGUCAUAUUUAACUGAUGAAGAAUUUGAAUCGGAUAAUCAUAAAAUAUUCACAUUUGAAACUAAAAAAUUAAUUUCCAAUUCAUUAAAUGUAGAUAUUAAAGAUGUUGAUGAUAUGUUAUUACAUCAUGAAACUUGUAAAAUUGAUAGGACAUGGUAUUUUAGAAGAUUAAUUUUAGGACGUAAAUUACCAACAAAUUUUAAAGAACGUGAUUACAUAUCAUAUCAACGUCCAUCAAGUAAUAAUACAACUAAUAAUAUUAAUAAUACAACAUUUGUUGAUAAAAAUUUUAGUGAGAUUAUCAUAUCAAGUAUAUCCUGA